UAUCAGCGUACUGUUUUACAUCAAUAAACACAGAUAUAUAGAUUAAAGUUCAGAUUUAUUUAAAGGUAACUUUUAUUUUAGAAAAACCCCUAGUGAAAUCGAUAAAGAGUGAAUUGAAUUUAGGAAAAAUGGCAUCUGUCCCUGAUCUCCCUACUUACAAAUUUAUUGAUAUCUCUUCAUUUCCUAGGAAUAAGGUGGGGCCUUUGAAGAAAACCCUAUGUAUUGGGAGAGCUCCUCAAAAAAAUAGUUCUAGGUCAGCUGAUGAGAAACACAAUAUCUAUAUUCGGAAUCCUGUGAUAAGUGCUACCCAUAUCGAAUUAUAUAAAGCUAAUUCCAAGUUUUUUUAUCUUGUGAACAUGUCGAAAAACGGAUUUUUUCUCAUUGAUGAGUAUGAUAAUAAUGUAAGCUUUAUCGGUGAUGGGGAUGAGCCGAUUCUGUUGAAGAAUGGUAAUAUCAUUGGGAUGUGCUUUAGCAAGAAGUUCAUGAUGGAAUACAAUAAGGAGAUUCCUGAAAACCAGAGGGUCGAGGAGGCGUUGAAACAAUGCAAGAUCUUAGUACAAAUUUUCACAGAUUAUGACCAAAUUUUAGUUGCAAAAGUUUACAAUGUAAUUGACCAUGUGAAGGGUAUCCAAUUACAGCUUGAUGAAUUGGUACAAGAAAUUGGCUCUGAGUGUUUCAGGAAGUCUGGAUUGCAUCCACUUACGAUUGAAAACAUUAUAAGCUUAUCUACAGAGGAAUACAAAUACAAUGAUGAUGCUGCUGAACUUUCUCGCCAGAAGAAGAUGUUCUAUACAGCGUACGAUAAUUCAUAUGAUGAUUUCUUUAAUGAAUAUUCCGAAUCUAUUUAUGACUCUGAAGCCGAAACCAACUCUGAUCCAGAAGAGCCUACUACAUCAUUUGGAUUUCUUCUCAAAGAUGAAGGAAAAGUUAAGGAAUUUGCGAAAGACCAUGAUUUGGGCGAUAAAGGCCUUGAAGAAGAUGAAGAGAAUGAAGAAGACGAAGAAAAUGGAGAGGAUAAUGAAGAAGAAGAAGAUGAAGAAGAAGAUGAAGAAGAAGUAGCAGAAGAAGAUGAAGAAGAAGUAGCAGAAGUAGCAGAAGAAGAAGAAGAAGAAGAAGAAGAAGAAGAAGAAGAAGAAGGAGAAGAACAUGACGAGGACGCAGAGAGCGAAGAAGAGGCCAAAGAGAUUGAGGAGAUUGAGGGGGAUGUCAAGUCUUUCCAAUCUGUUAUUAUUAGUGAUGACAAAUCCUCUUUGGACAAUUCGAUAUUCUCCUCUUCUUCUUUGAAAAGAAGUUUCAAUGAAUCAAACUGCUCAGACUUUGACGAAGAGGUGGGAAGUGUUGCAGAGCAUAAAUUGCAUCAAUUGACAGAGCUAUGCAAUCUUCAAAGUAAGGAGAUUAAGCAGUUAAGUGAAGAAGUCAAAAGACUAAAAAGAUCUAAAAGUCAAACUAAAGCUGCUAUGAUUGGUGCUGCUGGAGGAGCUGCAGCAACACUUACAGCGUUGUACCAGAUUGGAUCAAGAAUGAAUCUUUGAUAUUAUUUUUUAAUGGAAACUGGGUUUUCAAGGGUGGAUGGUUUAUUUAGUGUUUGUAAAUUUUUCUUUUUCUUUAUUUUAUUGGUUUUUUGGUUUGGUGCAAGGAAUAAUUUUAUUUAUUUCGUGUCGGUUAUUUGAUUUUGAUCCUCUCUCUUUUUUUAUUAUUUCUUCUAUAUUU